AUGUUCAAUCCUUAUGUAGCUUCGUUUCUCCUUCUUGGAGCUGAAUAUGGCCAUCUCAUCACGCUUCGGAGGCUAUGCGCAAUUGGGUUCUUUGUCAGCUUCACCGCCCCGAAACUAUACUUGCGCUAUUCAGCUCGGAUAAGCCAAAAAGUUGAGUGCUCCAAAUGGUGGGUUCUUGAAGCGUGGGUUGCUUGCUCCCACAAGAAAAUCGUGGCCGCAUCAGCAAUCAUGGCCUUCUGGAACCUGACGACUAUAAAAACUCGCUUGCUCACAGCGUUCAUAUCUGUCGUGGUUCUGCAUUACCAUCGACAACAUUCGGGAGCAAAUCUUGAAGUAGCUGCAGAAGCUGAAAAGGAAAGAUUUAGCACAGCAGCAGCCGGACAAGGCUAUAGUUGUCGCAGAAAAGAUGUCCUGUGA